AUGAAGCUCUCCCUCGUUCUGCCCGCCGUCGCCAUCCUCGUUGCGGCCAGCCAGUGCUCGGCCGCGCCCGUCGUAGAUGCCAUGUACAGGACCGCGACCGAAGGCAUCCUGCACAUCGGCCACCGCACGGUCGUCGGCGGAGCGACCGACGACUGGAUCUGCUUCAGCGAAGAGUCGCCGGCCGCAGGAAGCACCUGGAACAUCUGGUACAAGGGCAAGUCUGUCUGGGGCCCAAACCGUCCCGCGAUCGGCGACUUUAUCGCGGACAAGAGCCAGGACUGCCGAGACAAGACGUCUGCUCCCGACGUCUACAACGCCCUCCUCGCUGGAUCGGGCAUCAACACUGACCUCAGGCUUUUUGUGAAUGGGGCCUUCCAGCCCAUCACCCGCUACAGCAACUGA